GAGAAUUUUCAGAAAUCGCUUCAACCUGUUGGGCUAUCCAAAAGAAGACUGCAUCAAAACGAACCAAGAGCUAGGAAAUAAAUGAUGUUAGUUUAAGGAGGGAAACUGCCAAAGGAAAGCGUAGAGAAGAAUGGAUUUCAAGGAGUUCAACAAUAACUCUUUUACUUAACUGAAUGAAAGAAUGUCAAGUGUUUCCUGGUUUCCAUGCUGCAGUUUUGUUUGGAGCACAGUCAGAAGACAGUUGACAGAAUGAGUGCUGCUGAUUAUGAAGAGAAGGUGGCUUCACCUCACCUUGAUACCCAAGUUGCCGUGGUCGGCGGAGGAAUGGCUGGGCUAGCUGCAGCAACAGCUCUGUCAGAGGCUGGUCUUCAGGUUAUCUUAUUGGAAGCUUCUGAUUACUUUGGUGGAAGAGUGAAACAAGUUCAACCAUUUGAAGGAUUUGCUCCAAUUGAUCUUGGUGGAGAGUUUAUCCAUGGAUCAGAUAGUAUUAUAACCAGGACAGCGAAAGAAAAUGGCUGGGUUGUGCAACCAUGCUACAAAUGUGAGGGAAUGGAGAAAGAAUACAUGUUUUUCUACAAAGAUGAAUUUCAUCCAUUGUUAAAUAGCCAUCCUGAUAUUCAGGAAGCCUGGAAAGCUUGGGAUGAUAUCAUUUUUCUUUGGGACAAGAUAUCUAAAAGUGAACUCUGUCAAAAUGCCAAAAACGCCUCCUGUGAAGAUAAUGGUAAAAGUGCAGGGAGUCACCAUGUUAAACCUGAUUCAGAAUCUAAGGCAAAUUCUACCCAUGCAGAAUUAGAAAGGGCAACAGAAAUUGUCAGCAUACAGAACCCUGGAGUUGAUGCCAAGGAUUUUAAAGACAUGAGUAUUCAGCAGUGGUUGGAGAGACAGAAGUGUAAUGACGAUGUGAUGGCAGUGUUUGAUUCUAUGUAUUGUCAAACAGUUGCCGCGGCACCCAGGCAGAUGGGUCUGUAUGAGUGUGCGCGGGAAGAAAAUGCUUGGACAUAUGGUGAUGGGAAUUUCAGGUUGGCGGGAUCUUACUCUCUGCUUGUAGAACAUUUCCUGAAGAAGUGUUCUGAAGUCGAGAAACGGCUUUGUUGGCAAGUGACAGAGGUUAAUUGGAAAGGUGAGAAUGGUAAAGAUAAAAAAGAAAAACAGGGCGAGUCAAAAGCAGGUGGACUUAUUUGGCUUAAAAAUCAACUCGGUCAAACAUUAACCGCCAAAUAUGUAAUUAUUACUGUGCCACUGACAAUUCUCAAAGAUGGUGAUAUAAACUUCAUUCCACCGUUGCCGGCGAGCAAAAAAAGAGCCAUCGACGGAAUAGAAAUGAGAGGGGCACUGAAAAUUGUCUGUCGUUUCAAGUCACAAUUCUGGCCAGACAACUUGAACCUUAUAUACAGAGUACGGGGCUUUGUCAGCCAAAUAUGGAUGUACACAUAUGACUCGAUGAAGAGCGCUGAGAAGUGUCACCUGAUCGCGGGCUUCCAAACGGCUGAGCCCGCAGAAGAGAAAAUCAACCUCAGCGAACAGGAAGUUUUAGAUGGGUUUCUCCAAGAUCUCGAUCACAUUUUUCGAACCGCCUCCAACCUACACCCCGCUACUGAUUCAUUCACGGACUACGUCUAUUACCAUUGGUCCAAACAUCCUUUUAUUCGCGGGGGUUACAGCUCUCCAACAGUUCAUGCAAAUGGCUUGCGCCACGAGCUUGGGC